AUGGAAAAGAACUUCGAAAAGGGCUAUGCAAUUGUGUUGGCACCCGCCGACUACGGCCCACCGGAGUAUUAUCUCGCUCACCACGGAGUGAGAAAAGGUCCGAAGCUACGCGUUGUGUUUGACGCUGCAGCACCGUUCAAGGGAAAGUGCUUGAACGACAGUAUUCUCAGUGGUCCGGCUUUACAAACCCCAUUGCCAUCUGUCAUCUUGAAAUUUCGGGAAGGCGAAAUCGCAUGGGCAGCUGACAUAGAAGCCAUGUUUAGCAGAAUACGACUGAGACCAGAAGACGCACGGUACUUUAGGUUUCUUUGGAAAAGAAACGGGGAGGAGAAAGUGUGCGUGUGUGAGAUGAAGCGGCUACCAUUCGGCGCUACCUGUUCGCCAUUCAUUGCGAUCAGUACCACGCGAAAAAUUGCUGCUGAUCUCAGCGAUGACCCGAAAGUCAUCGAGGCAAUCAACACAAGGAUGUACGUUGACGAUUACCUCAGCUCCGCCAAAACACUGGAGGAAGGUAUUCAAGAAGCAGUAGGCGUUAAAGAAACCCUAGCAAAAGGAGACAUGCACCUUCAAAGCUGGAUCUCCAAUUCCGCAGCUUUUGUGAAAAUCUUAGCACCUACAAGUAAAGGUGUUAGUCAAAGCCCAGCCGAGCUUCCAUUAAGCAAGGACGACUCUGAGAAAGUCCUUGGUGUUUACUGGAACCCGAAUUCGGAUACGCUUAAAUUCAGAGUGAGUGGGCUAGAAGAAAUCACCUACACACGGGUUGGAAUUGCAAGUAAGGUUGCGAGUUUGUUCGAUCCGCAAGGGAUGGCAGCUCCCCUUAUUGUUAAAGCCAAGAUCAAGUUAAGGGAGCUCGGAACAAAAGGGCUUCAGUGGAACGAUCUCGUCAGCAGCGACGACCGUGAUUGGUGGGAAGAAUGGUUUAGCGUCCUACAGCAGCUCAACGACAUCGACAUUCCACGCUGUUUAUUCCCAGAUGAAGAGAAUAUCACCCGAUCGGAACUCCACGCAUUUGGAGACGCAUCGGAAGAAGCGUACGCUGCAGUUAUCUACAUUCGGAAUGUGUGCUCUGAUGGUCGAGUACUAGUACGACACGUGCGGGCGUCAACAAAAUUGGCACCGAAAAGAAGCAUUUCCGUGCCAAAGUUGGAGUUAAAUGCUGCUCUGCAAGCAGCCCGUCUCGCACGCUCAGUGAUCGGAGCAUUCACAAGGAUUCCGCACCGUCGGUAUUUCUGGACCGACAGCAGCACCAUAAGAAAUUGGAUUCGAGCAACCGCGUCCAAAUAUCAGAUGUUUGUCAGUCAUCGGGUUGGAGAAAUCCAAACACUGACUCAACCAGACGAAUGGCGUUUUGUGCCGGGCAAGAUGAACACAGCCGAUAUCGCAACUCGUUCAGCCAUUGAAGAGGAAGCCCUUCCAUCGCGCUGGUGGGACGGACCGAAAUUCCUACAAGACGACGAAGAAACAUGGCCAGCAGAUUUGCCAUGGAUUGCCGUGGUUGAAGAGAUACGGCCGGUGCGAUCACAUCAAGCCACCGUUACUACUUCAACGUUCGAUUGGGAAAGUGUCAAGAUCGGUGUAGAAGACAUUCCGGACUUAGUAAGACUGGAAAAGGUGUUCUACGAUCUCGUUAUGGGCCCAGAUUAA